AUGGGCUACCUCUCCUACCGCCAAUCCCUAAUCCACCACCCAGCCAAAAAACCACAAUUCACAAAUGGCCCCUCAGAGCCCUCCCAGCCGGAAGAAAGCCGGCGCCUCAUCGACGACGAAGAUGGCGACAUGGUCAUUGAAAUGGACCUCCUCCCACCGCGCUGGAUAGACGUCCAAGACGAGGUCUCCGAGCUCCUCUCCGAAAUCGCCCAAAACUCCUCCCAACUCGACAAGCUCCACCAGAAACAUCUCCUCCCAGGCUUCGGCGACGAAGAUCUGCGCAAGCAAGACGAAGGCGCCAUCGAGCGUCUGACGCAGGAUAUCACGCGCUCUUUCCACGAGUGCCAGCGCUCUAUCCAGCGCAUCGAGGUCAUGGUCACGGAAUCCAAGGCGCAAGGAACCGUCACGAGUGGCGAAGAGACAAUGGCGAAGAAUAUCCAGAUUUCGCUCGCUGCGCGCGUGCAGGAGGCCAGUGCGCGCUUCCGAAAGAAGCAGAGUACUUACUUGCGCAAAUUGAGGGACUUGGAGGGUAUAGCUACGCCGUUUGAUAGAGCGCCUGUGUCGCAGAAUCCAUAUUCGGACCCGUCGCUGAUGGAGUCGGAUGCGGAUAAGUCGUUUUCGCAGACUAUGCUGCAGGAGACUUCGCAGCGGCAGACGGGCACCAAUGAUGCGGCGAUUGCGCAGCGCGAGCGUGAAAUUAAUGAUAUUGCCAAGGGCAUUAUUGAGCUUUCGGAUAUCUUCCGUGAGCUGCAGGGAAUGAUUAUUGACCAAGGGACUAUGCUUGAUCGCAUUGAUUACAAUGUCGAGCGGAUGGGCACUGAGGUCAAGGCUGCAGAUAAGGAGCUUAAAGUGGCUACGGGCUAUCAACGACGAACUACCAAGCGCAAGAUUAUGCUAUUGCUCCUCUUGAUUGUGGUAGGCAUGGUUAUUGUACUAGUUGUGAAACCAAAGGGCAACAGCACGCCACCACCACCGCCCCCUGAGGAUGAGUCCUCAAACAAUAUUCGAUCUGUGUUGGCUUAUCGUGGCCGGAGGCAUCAAUUGUCAAAUCGGUUUGCCAGGGAUCGUUGGAUGGACCCGGAUAUAUUUCGAUGA